ACCAUUUGAAUAUAGGUGAAACUGUCGUGAGGGUUUUCUGUGCACAGUGGGGGGAAAGUGAAGGAAAAGAUUGGGCUGUUUGUUAGAAUUUAUUUUUAUAUUAAGAUAUAAACAAGGGGUUGACCAGGAACUGAAGCAGAGACGAUGUCACAUCAUAACCAUACCCACGUCAUGGCUUCCCCAGGCAGCACUCACUCUACAGGACCUCACACCAUGGAGCCUGGCUCUGGAUCACACAUGAUGAUGCAAAUGACCUUUUACUUCGAUUACAAAAAUGUCGAGUUGCUGUUUGCUGGCCUGGUUAUCAACACACCUGGGGAGAUGGUAGGUGCCUGUAUCGGAGUGUUUCUAUUGGCUGCGUUCUAUGAAGGACUGAAGAUCGGACGUGAGGUCCUGCUGAGGAGGAACCAAAUCAGCGUACGCUACAACUCCAUGCCAGUUCCUGGCACUGAUGGAACAGUGCUCAUGGAGACGCACAAAACAGUCGGACAGCGGAUGCUGAGUCUGGCACACGGUUUCCAAACGAUACUUCACAUCAUCCAGGUGGUGAUCAGUUACUUCCUCAUGCUGGUGUUCAUGACCUACAAUGGUUACCUGUGCAUAGCCGUGGCACUGGGAGCCGGCGUAGGUUACUUCCUGUUCAGCUGGAAGAAGGCAGUCGUUGUGGACAUUACAGAACACUGUCAUUAAGCCUCUAAUCGGCCACAUCCUCGCUCUUUCUCCCCACGCACAUACACGCGUGGGGGGGGGAAAAAAGCAAAACAACACAAAACAUACCAGACAAAUACACGGAAAUUAUUAUAUUUCUUAAAUAUGUAUAUCACUCUUCAUAAAAGUAGUGUCAGGCUGCUCAAAUGAGUAUCAUUUUAAAGUUUUUGUUACUCCUGUAGUAUGAAUUUUUAGCCAAUUUUACCCCACCCAGUUGCUAUCAACGUGGACGUGUUCACAAUCCUCAUGAUCUCGUUCAAUCACAGGAAGUAUAAUAUGCACAGCCUUAUAUUCUACCUCUUAAUUUGUAAAAUGAUCACAUCUAUGGCUGAUAAAGGGAUACCCAAGUAAACCUUUUGCCUUAAAACGGAAAUAUUUACGAGGAGGGAACAUACAUGGUGACAUACUACAGGAUUUACUGACAAUCCAAAAAAAAAAAAAAACAGUACAAAGUAAUUAUGAUGGAUCUGCGUUGCUGUUAUGAGAUCUGAUUGAAAACACAUGGUGUCUUUUUUUUUUUUUAAAUCAUCAUAACUGAAAUAGCAGACAUGUUAAUCUUUACUGUCAGGAUAUCAAAAACGCUAAUCAGUGACCAGCUCGGACAGAAUACUGCAGUGUAUUGAUGAAUUAUCAAAUGCUCACAUUAAGAAAGGGAGAGGAAAAGGGAGCAUGCUAGCUGCCCAGUUUUGGCGCUCUGUUUACAAAGCUGAAACUGAAGUUUACUCCGUGUGGAGUUUUUUUUUUUAUAAAUAAA